AAAAAAAAAACAGUAUAAAAAAUUAAAACUAAUAUAAACAUAAAAAUAUAAAAUCAACCAUAUAAAUAAAAAUUGUUGACAAAAAACAGCAGGCCAUCAAAUUUUUUCGAAAAUAGACGAAGAAUAGACCCAUUAAACUCCCUAGAUCAGACCGCCUGCGACAAUCUGGGCCGCACGCGUUUUCAUGUCGUCGGACACGUCAUCUACAAGACACGUGUCCGAAUCAAUUGCGCAUCUCUUGUUUCCUUGGUUUCACGAUUGAAUGAGCUGCAGUGCAGUGCAGAACAGAGAGUUACCGUAGCCAGCUAUGCUCUCCAAAUCAACCGACUCUGUCUCUAAACUCAGAAAGAGAUGCUUAUGAACAGAAUUAACAAAAUCUCAUGGAGAACAGUCGAAUGAGUGUAUUGGGAACCUGUCAUAUAAGAUGAAUCUGCUUAAAAAGCAAAUUCAAGCAGAGAGAAUCUUUUCAAUAAAAGAAAAAGUUGAGAACAACAGGAAGAAAUUGGAAAGUGAUGUUGCUCAGAUUAUGUUGGCUUCAUCAAGGAUUGAUGCAUUAAAUAUAGGGCAAACGAAUUUUUCAAGAAUUGGAAGCCCUCUCUGCAAGUAUAGUGGAUUUGCUCAAGGAUCUGGGGAUAAAGAUUACAUUAAUGGUCAUGAAGUUAUACCCUGGACAAGCACAAAGAUUCCUUUUGUUGAGAGGAUACCUCCUUACACUACCUGGAUAUUUUUGGAUAGAAAUCAGAGAAUGGCUGAAGAUCAGUCAGUUGUUGGGAGGAGACGCAUAUACUAUGAUCAAAAUGGCAAUGAAGCACUUAUUUGUAGUGACAGUGAGGAAGACAUUGCAGAACCUGAGGAAGAGAAACAUGACUUUUCUGAGGGUGAAGAUCGUAUUCUAUGGAUGGUGUUUCAGGAGCAUGGAUUGGCUGAGGAAGUACUAAAUAUUGUUAGCCAGUUUAUUGGAGUUCCCAUUUCAGACAUCCAGGAGAGAUGUAGCAUGCUCAAGGAAAGAUUUGAUGAGGAACAAAAUGGAAAAGAUUCGGGUGAUUCUGCAUCUGAGAAGGGCAUUUCUCUCGAAAAAAGCCUAAGUGCUGCUUUAGAUUCUUUUGAUAAUUUAUUUUGCCGUCGUUGUUUGCUAUUUGACUGCCGCCUACAUGGCUGUUCUCAAGCUUUGAUCAAUCCUAGUGAGAAGCAGCCGUAUUGGUCUGAAUAUGAGGAUGACAGAAAACCUUGCAGCGACCAAUGUUUCCUUCGACUUAAAGUUGUCAGAGAUUUGCCAGAAAGUUCAGUUAAUUGUGCUUUAAAUAGGAUGAAAACAGCAAGCUUAGAAGAAGGAAAAAAGACUGCAGGGGCUUCAAAUGCUCAAGAGCCAAGUGGUGCUGAUGAUGGUGCAGAUCUAAGUAAAGAUGAUAGUUAUAUCUCUCAGAAAGAGAUAUCUGUUGCUUCUGGAACUUUAUGUCAUUCAGAAGCUUCUGAAGCUUCGAAUUUGGAUACCUGUGCCAUGAUACACAAUCAAGAACAUAUGAGAAAGCGCAAAGAACCUGAGCUAACAAAUGUAGACCUGGAUGACUCCACACCAGUUCCCAGUGAUCUCCACAAUUCUUCAAAUAAGAAGCAGAAGAGAUUACUGGGUUCAGAUGCAGCAUCGAAAGAUAUUGAAAAUAUCUCAAGUCUUGAUGAUUUAGCUGGUACUGAAAAGACAACUGAUACAAGUGAACUUCAAAUAACCACGAAAAACACACUGAAUAAUCCUAGUGAAUAUGCAUCAAAAGAAAUUGUUAGUUCUGCCAUUGAGAAAAUCUUAGAUGAAGCCAAUGAUGCCACUAAAGGGCCUGAAUUGAUUCAAUCAUCCUCAACAGACAGGCAACUUGAAGGGGUUUUAAGCAGGUCUAGGUGGAAACCCAUUGAGAAAGAAUUGUAUCUGAAGGGGGUGGAGAUAUUUGGAAAAAAUAGUUGCCUUAUUGCUAGGAAUUUACUUUCUGGCUUGAAGACUUGUAUGGAAGUGUCAAAUUACAUGUGUGACAGUGGAGUAACAGUGCCUCAUAAAUCUGUUGCACCAAGUUCAAUUCUGGAUGAUAAUGGAAAAACUGAUACUGAUUACACAGAGCAAGAGAUUUCAACAAGAUCACGGUUGCUUCGUAAGAGGGGCAGGACACGGAAACUUAAAUACUCUUGGAAGUCUGCUGGCCAUCCAGCAAGUUGGAAAAGAAUUGCUGAUGGCAAAAAUCAGUCCUGUAAGCAGUAUACACCAUGUGGAUGCCAGUCAAUGUGUGGAAAACAGUGCCCCUGUCUACAUAAUGGAACUUGCUGUGAAAAAUAUUGCGGGUGCUCGAAAAGUUGCAAAAAUCGUUUCAGAGGAUGCCACUGUGCCAAAAGCCAAUGCAGAAGCCGUCAAUGCCCAUGCUUUGCUGCUGGACGCGAAUGUGAUCCUGAUGUUUGUAGGAAUUGCUGGGUUAGCUGUGGGGACAGUUCAUUAGGUGAACCACCCAAACGAGGAGAUGGCCAAUGUGGAAACAUGAGACUUCUCCUAAGGCAACAGCAGAGAAUCCUUUUGGCAAAGUCCAACAUUGCUGGGUGGGGUGCCUUUUUAAAGAACCCUGUCAAUAAGAAUGAUUAUCUUGGAGAAUAUACUGGUGAGUUGAUCUCCCACCGGGAGGCAGAUAAGCGUGGGAAAAUUUAUGAUCGUGCCAAUUCUUCAUUCCUUUUCGACUUGAAUGAGCAGUAUGUACUUGAUGCUUACCGCAAAGGAGAUAAGCUGAAGUUUGCUAAUCAUUCAUCAAAUCCUAAUUGCUAUGCAAAGGUAAUGCUGGUGGCAGGAGAUCAUCGAGUAGGCAUAUUUGCCAAGGAACAUAUUGAGGCUAGUGAGGAGCUGUUUUAUGAUUAUCGUUAUGGACCAGACCAGGCUCCUGCCUGGGCUCGGAAACCUGAGGGCUCAAGAAGAGAUGAAUCAACAGUUUCGCAAGGUAGAGCAAAGAAACAUCAAUCUCAUUGAUGAAUAGUUCCGACUGGUUCGGAUGCAAUUGUGGAGCGCAUAACUUUAGCUCCGCAAUUGGAUUUUAUCCAUCUCAAUUAAGACCAAAAUUAUACCUUAAAUUAUUCUAGCGAUUACUUGUAAAUAGAUAUUUUUUGAGUGUGGUUAUAGGGUUAGUCAAUGUUAAAAUAAUAGAGGCAAUAAGAACACAUACUUCAUGAUUGGAAAUAAGGUUGAAACUGGUUUAGCAGUUUCCUUCGCUAGGCAACAGGUACAAGUCCUAAAGUAUUAAGAAUGCUUUUACUGCAUGUAUCAUAAUGGAAAUUAAACCUUCUAAAAAUUGAUAAUGAUAUUCUAUGGCUCUCUCUCUGCCUGGCUGGUGAUUAUUAUUAA